UAUUUACAGUGUUCUUGAAGGGAUUAACUAAGUGACAAUGUGCAUAUUUUUUAAUUUAUAAUACAAUUUUUUAAGCCAAAACAAAAAGAAAGAAAAAAACAGAGUGAUUACUCACCUUAUCGUCAUCAUACGCAAGCAAAAAUAUGUAGUAAAAAAGAGAGCUACCUAACACUGUUAAUCAUUUCAACAAUAACUUUUGUAAGCAUUUUCGAUAUUAAUUAAUUAUAAAAUGUUAAAAACCACGUUGAAAAUGAUGACCCCGAAUGGGUCCCAGGCUUGAGCAAAUAGAACGUGAAAAUCUCUCCUUUCUUUUCUUUUCAAGCGUACAACUUUUCUGUCGUUUCUUCACUAUCUCUGCAGAAAUUGACUGUGGUCUAUUAAGAAGGGCGAUUGAAGUAUGGAAGAGGAAGGGCUGCUAACAAGGCCUAUGCUUGAUAAUGAAGCGCAGUCCAGAAAUACAGAUAGGGUUGGUGGGUCCUCCCCAGCCACCAUUAUUGUUGUUCUCAGCUCCAUGGUCGCCCUCUGCGGCUCUCUAUGCAGUGGUUGUAUUGUAGGAUAUUCAUCACCUGCUGAAUCUGGAAUCAUGAUAGACCUGGACCUUUCUAUUGCAGAUUAUUCAUUUUUUGGCUCAAUAGUGACAAUCGGAGCCCUGCUUGGUGGGCUUGUAAAUGGAAAGAUUACUGAUCUUAUUGGUCGCAGAUCUACAAUGUGUGUCUCUGGAAUCUUCAGUGUGGCUGGUUGGUUUGCAAUUGCAUUUGCAAAGAAUGAUUGGUGGUUGGAUUCUGGAAGGCUGUCACUGGGGAUUGCAAAUGGACUAAUUCACUACGUGGUACCUGUAUAUAUUGCUGAAAUAACACCAAAAAAUUUUCGAGGAAGAUUUACUUCUGCUAAUCAGUUGAUGAGUAGUUGUGGCAUUGCUCUAAUGUACUUAAUAGGAAAUGUUGUUACCUGGCGCUACUUGGCAGUUAUUGGGGCUAUUCCAUCUCUGCUUCAAAUUUUUGGAUUACUUUUCAUUCCAGAGUCUCCUAGGUGGCUGGCAAAAAUUGGUAAACAGAAAGAGCUUGAAGCCAGUCUGCAAUAUCUUAGGGGGAAGAAUGCUGAUAUUUCUCAAGAAGCUGCUGAUAUCAUAGACUACACAGAAGCAUUUGAGCAGCAGUCAUACAGAAUUCUAGACUUGUUCCAGCAGAAAUAUGCUCGUUCACUAAUUAUUGGAGUUGGGCUGAUGGUACUGCAACAACUAGGGGGAACCAAUGCAAUUCUUUUUUAUUCAAGCUCUAUAUUUACAGAAGCCGGUUUUUCAACUAGGAUUGGGACUAUAUCAAUGGCUAUUAUACAGAUACCAACUGUUACAUUGAGCGUGCUCUUGACAGAUAAAUCAGGAAGACAACCACUUCUACUGAUAUCUGCAGCUGGAAUGUGCUUGAGUUGCUUUCUUCUAGGCUUGUCAUUCUGCUUUCAGGGAAUAGUCCAGUUCAAGGAGCUUUCACCCAUAUUGGUGUUUAUUGGCAUACUGGGGUAUAUUGUGACAUUCCCAGUGGGUAUGGCAGGAUUACCUUGGGUUAUAAUAUCAGAGAUAUUCCCUAUAAAUGUCAAGGGUUCAGCUGGAAGCCUUGUGACCGUAGCAUGCUUUUCAAGUUCUUGGAUAGUUACUUACACUUUCAAAUUUAUGAUGGACUGGAGCUCUUCUGGAACAUUUUUCAUUUUCUCGAGUAUUUGCGGAUUAACUGUGGUUUUCAUUGCAAAGCUGGUACCAGAGACUAAAGGGAGAAGUUUAGAAGAAAUACAAGCGUCAAUAACCCAGAUAUAAGCUCUAAUAACAUGAGCAUAAUUCCCUUUUAAUUAGAAAGAAAAUGUAUUUGGGUCAAAGGGUGGCGUACAAUCUAGUACUACUACAUAUUUGGUAAAUUAUAUUAACAUUUUUGUGUAGACUGGAAGAAAGAAAUAUCAGUUUACAUACGCUGGUCGGUUUACAGCAUUGUUAAAUGUUAUAAAUCCAAUUAAAUGGAAAAACAAGGGGGGAAAAAAAAAAGGAAUUGUUUUCUUUUAUGCCCUGUUGAGCUGUGUUCUUAUUACUGCAAUAAUUUAAGGAUUAUAUACAUCGUUGCAUCUAUGGCCUAAGCUCUGAAGUCUGAAGGUUUAAAAAAAGUCAAAAAAACAAAAAAAAAAAAAAAAAAGAAAAAGAAAAUCAAGCACCGUUCCUCCAAAUUGGAAGUUGGAAAAAUGAUUUCUGAAUUGUGUUAUACUGCUUUCAAGUCUCCAGAUGGUCAAAAAGCAAAAGAACAUCGACAGAGAGAUAGGGAAAAAAGAAUUGGAUGCCAAAUAAUUUCAACUAAUUUUUUUGACAAAUGUUGCUGUCUGAAAUCCAAAACUUGGCUUACUUUCCAAAGUUUAACUUUUUUGUAUUUACACCAAAUUUUUUUCUCAAAUUUUAACUUUUUUGUAUUUACACUGCAUUUUUUUUUUCUCAAAUUUGUUUCCAUUCCCCGGUUUUCAUGAUAAAAAGCCAUGGAAUGGUUUUGCUUGGCAAUGAUAUGUCUUGACUUUUGUUGUUCACAGUUUUAAUUAUUUGAUUUAUUUUUUCAGAGCAAAUCCACGUCUCUUUCUCAUGACGAGAGGAUAUCUUAUGAAAAUGAUGGCAUGGCAUCAUAAAAUAAGCCAGUUUUACUUUCUUUUGUAAUGAUAGAUUAAUCGCUCAUCUGCCUUUCCUCUGUCUUCCUAGGUUUUCCUUCAGCUUUUCCUUUCCUUUCUCCGUCAGAAUCUUCAUCCCACUCCCACCAUAUAUUUUAAUGCUUUUUAUGGAAACUCAUUUGGCCAACAUGGAAAUUUUUGAGAGAUAAUGCUUUUUAUGGAAACUCAUUUGGCCAACAUGGAAAUUUUUGCCUCUCAAACACUGUCAAUUUGCCAGCAUCCAUGAGAAGUUGCAUUUGGCUGUUCAAACAAACCAAACAGAAAAGCCUUUCAAGCUAACUUUUUGAUUAAUUGGUAGGAAUGGAAUUUAGAAUAUGGUUUUUUCUCUCUAUCUGUUUGAGCUAUCAAUGGAGUCCCUAGAUGAGGAGAAUAACACUUUUAGAAAGACAGUCACAGGGUUCAUGGCAAAACCAAAAAGAGAAAAAAGUUGAGGACAGAGAGUGAGCAACCUGACCUGACAGAAGUUUAGCCGGCUAAACAGAAGAUAUCAUGGUAGAAAAAUAAUUUAUAUUUUUUGGACUGUGGUACUAGUUCCAGAUUACUUCUUAAUUUAUAAAAACAAUCAUUGACUUUGAAAGUAUUCAAUAAUUGCAUUUAAAAAAGUAUAUAUAUAUAUAUAUAUAUAUCUAAAUAAAAAAGCAAAAAAAACCAACCACGUUGAAGCUGGGACCUGAAAUUUUUAAUGGAAUUGAAGGCACCUGAAAGUCUGGCUACUUUGCCUGUUGGUCUUACAAAUCUCAAGCAAAUAAUACCAAUAUCUCUCGUUUCUGUUUGCUUUCAAUUUUCUUCCCAUUUUUCACUAAGACGCAGAGAGAACAUGGAAGAUAGGCUACUAGCAAGGUCUGUUAUGGUUGAUCAUGAUGCCAAGCUCGAGUUGGUGAAUGCAGUGACACACUGCCAAAUGACUCCCCAGCAACAUUUGUUGUUGUUCGAAGCACCUUAGUUGCUGUUUGCGGCUCUCUCUGCUGUGGCUACAAUAUUGGAUAUUCCUCAGCUGCUCAAUCUGGAAUCAUGGAAGAAUUGGACCUUUCUAUUGCAUCUGUAAGCAUCUAUUUUAUGUUACCUUUCAUUAUCUUGUAAAAUUCCGUCUCCUUUUAUCUAUUAUUUGGGUUUGACUUACCUUCUUAAAUUUGGAUUGCCAAGUACUCUAUUUUCAGUUCAAUAGGGAUAGUUGGAUCAGUGGGAGGCGGACUGGUAAAUGGAAUGAUAACUGACCUCAUAGGUCGUAGAGGUGUAAGUUUUUGCAGUACUCGUUUAUUCUUAUCCUGAUGUAAAUGUAUAAUUUGAUAUAACUACUCAAACGUUGUUUCUGUUUAUAUAUAUAUUUUGAGGCAGACAAUGUGGUUCUCUGAAAUCUUCAGUAUGGUUGGAUGGAUUUUAAUAGCAUUUGCCAAGGUUUUCGCUUCCUUCCUCAUGACAGAUUUAAAUCAUUUGAUGCAAGGAUGUUCAAUCUAUCCUCAAUAUGUUGUUUAGUUAUUCAAUCUGGCAAAAUAAGAAUUUAUCCUGGAUUUUCAUGGAUUGUUUCUAACUGUUGAACUUCCAUCUGCAUUCUAUUUUAUUGAGUUGCACACCCAUAUUUCACUUUUACAUUUUCGCUCCCUCUCUUACUCUUCCACUGCUGUGUUUAUUGAAGAACUGAUCAUAGAACCAAUGCUUUUCACAGCAUGAUUGGUGGUUGGAAUUAGGAAGACUAUUAUGGGGGUUUGGAAUGGCCCUCCUUUACUAGGUGGUAAUUGAAAUAAGGUUUUUGACCAAUCAAUUUACUACUGUAAAGCAUGCAUAUACAAUUAUUAAAUUUCUUGCUCCAUACAGGUUCCUGUAUAUAUUGCUGAAAGAGCACCAACAAAACUUCGAGGUAGAUUUACUUCGGCUAAUCAGGUAUAUUUUGAUCACAAUGAAUAUGACACAAACGUUGAUCUAUCAAAUUCAUGCAUCAGAGUCUUGAUAUUUUGUCAACUGAGCAGUUGAUGGUAUGUUUUGGACUUUCACUGAUGUACGUCAUUGGAAAUGUUGUGACCUGGCCAACUUUGGCUGUAAUUGGUGCUAUUCCAGCUCUGCUACAUGUUCUAGGAUUGUUUUUCAUCCUAGAAUCUCCCAGAUGGCUGGCAAAAGUUGGUAAACAUAAGGAGCUUGAAGCCACUCUGCAGUCUCUCAGGGGAAAGAAUGCUGACAUUUGUCUAGAAGCAGCUGAUAUUAUAGUACCUGCUGUUACUUGGAGUGUGCUCUUGACUGAUAAAUCAGGAAGAUGACCAUUUCUACUGAUAUCUGCUGCUGGAAUGUGCUUGAGUAGUUUUAUUCUAGGCUUGGCAUUCGCUUUUCAGGGCCUCCACCAGUUGAAGGAGCUUACUCCCAUAAUGGUGUUUAUUGGCAUACUGGGAUAUAGUGUAGCAUUCUCAUUUGGCUUAGCAGGAUUACCAUGGGUUAUAAUGUCAGAGGGUUCGGCUGGAAGCAUAGUGAGUUUGGCAAAUUGGACAUUGUCUUGGACGGGUACAUACACUUUCAAUUUUAUGAUAGAAUGGAGCUCGUCUGGAACAUUUUUGAUCUUCUCAGUCCUUUGUGGUUCAACUGUCGUUUUUAUUGCAAAGCUAGUACCAGAGACUAAAGGGAAAACUUUAGAAGAAAUACAAGCCUCAAUUACGCAGUUUAAUUCUCUAAUAAGAUGAAUCUCCCAUUCUAUUUUGGAACGUGGAUUUGGUUUCAAAGAGCUAGCUACUCUACAAUCUGACAUUACAUAUUUUUGUUAUAUUAUAUGGUCACCGAGUGUUUCACAGGACUGGAUAAAAAAAAAUUUCAGACUGAUAUAAUAAAAUCAGUGUCAAUCACUGUUGCUAAAUGUUAUUUAUCCAAUUAAAUAUAUCACAGAAGUUUUGCUUUC